AUGGCUUCACCCCGUCCUUUCUUCCUAACUCCCUCAAGUUCAGAUGACCACUCAUCACAAGAAGGGGACUCUCCAGACUCACCACGUCCACGAAAUAGUAACAAAAGACCUCCCCCUUCCUCCUUCAACUUUCCAUUCGCUCAGGCUGACCCGGCAAGAAGGUCUCUAGAUGCAAAUUUUUUCGAGUCGUCUCCCCGUCUUCCAUCAGCCGAAUCUCCCUACAAAUCAUUCAACCGUUCUUAUUCUCUAGCAAACCUACAUCGCUCACCAGAUUUACAACUUCCAAGAGCAAGCAGCGCAACAACCAUCUUCAGGUCUCCAUUCCUAUCCCCUGCAUCACGUCCAUCAACAAUUUGGUCCCCCCCACCCGUAUCCGCAAAUCCUUCCCUCAUCGCACUCCCACUCACCCAGAAAAAACCCAUUCAAUCAACCCGUCUCAAAUCAAAACUCACCAAAGAUGACAAACCAUGGCUCGCAAAGAAACGUCGUUGCGAAUCAGGAAGCUGGUGGCUCACCUUCUUGGUAGCUCUCUUAGGCGUCCUCGCAGCAGCAGCUCUCUGCUUCAGAGGUUGGAUUACCACAGAUAUCCUCUCGGACAGUCAACUCUGUAUCGUCAUGGACGACGACUUUGACAGUUCUCUCGACUCCACAAACUGGAGUCUUGACGUCGAGCUCGGUGGCUACGGCAACGGCGAAUUUGAAAUGACAACAAACGACCCUUCAAACGUCUACAUCUCAAAUGGACAGCUCUACAUCAUGCCCACUCUCACCAGCGACUCUAUUGACGGUGGUUAUGCUGCUGUCAUGGAUGGUGGGUCCUAUCAGCUUCAAGGCUGUACAGCUCAGGGCGGAGGUACUAACUCUACUGCCAGCGGUAAUUCUACCACAUCCAGCAACCCAUGCGUAGCUGUUUCAAACGCCCAGAGCGGCGAAGUCAUCAACCCUGUCAUGAGCGGUCGUCUCAAUACCCGUGGAAAAAGGACCAUCAAGUAUGGCCGUGUAGAGGUUCGCGCAAAACUGCCUCAGGGAGACUGGCUUUGGCCCGCUAUUUGGAUGCUUCCUCAGGGUAACAGUACGAACUCGAACUCGAGUACUAACCAAGGAACGGGAGUUUAUGGCCCGUGGCCUGUCAGCGGCGAGAUUGACAUAAUGGAAGCCCGUGGCAACCUCCCUUCAUAUCCCGCACAAGGUUCGAACUAUGUCCGCUCGUCCCUGAAUUAUGGGCCGUUCGCGGGCACAAGCACCACUGCCAACCUCCUGAAGAGCAUUUACGGCUGGGUUAGCACAAAACGCGGAAAUUUUGCCGAUGGGUUCCAUGUUUAUGCGCUUGAGUGGACCGGCGAAUGGAUGAGGUUUUAUACGGAUGAUCGGUUGCAGGCAAUGAUCAACCUCAAAAUUUCCUCCAAAUCCUCGGACUCCUAUUUCUUCAACACAGCUGGAUUCCCAGGCGUAGCUAUGAACGCUUCGAGCGGAAAGGAAGUGGCCAUUGAGGAUCCGUGGAGUACGGCGUAUGGGGGAAGUCCUGCUGCCCCUUUUGAUCAAGAAUUCUAUCUUGUGAUUGAUCUGGCGGUUGGGGGGACGAGUGGGUGGUUCCCGGAUAGUGUAGGUGGGAAGCCGUGGUACGAUGGGUCUGCUAAUGCUAUGCGCGAUUUUGCAAGUGUUCAGGAUCAGUGGAGCGCUACGUGGCCUUCGAGUGCGGAUGAGCGUGCGUUUAGAAUUGAUUAUGUGAAGAUGUGGAGCCUCUGUAGGUAA